AUGAAGUUCGUCGCUGUAUUCACCACCGCCCUCUUUGCCGCCGUGGCCAUGGCCAACGUGGAUUUUGCUCCUCGAGACGAGCAGUGCAAGAAAGAAGGUGAAACGUGUACUCGCCAGGACAUCUGCUGCACCGGAUACUGCCUUGUGUGGGAGACGAAGAAUGAGGUGAGUCUUGGAACAGCCUUUGCUUGCAAGGCCGUCAGAACACUGACCAGACGGUAUCAGGGAACCUGCCAGAAGAAGGACAAGUAA